AUGCAAACCCCUUCAAAUCACAGCAUUCCAUGCAGCUUUCCGCUUCACUCAGAUCUCUUCCACUUUGCCUUGGCUGUUGAAAACAAUCGAGCGGCAACGGAUGCACGCGCAAGAAACCUCAACGGCUCUCGGCACAGGGUGCUGAACGCAGAAGUGGCGAAGAAGAUCUUCAAGGAGAAGGCUCUCUGUCAAGGCAACAAGUCUGUUGAGAGUGAGCUUGUCGCAAGGUGUUAUGGCGUCAGCGCCAAGACGGUGCGGGACAUCUGGGACAAGAGGUCCUGGGCCAAGGUAACAGAUGCGUUGGAGACAAGGGAGGCAAGGGACGACACGUCUGCCAGCGCAUCGUCGUCAGGAAAGGCAUCGAGUGAGGACGAUGCCGGGCAGACGCAGAGGGAGCGAUCAGCAGAGAUAGAGAAUCCUGUAGAAAGGACGACUGAGCAGGAGGGCAGUUCAUCGUCGUCCUCGGGGGGGUCAGAAAGAGCGAUGUCGAUGUCCUCAUACGCUGCUUCGCUGACGCAGGCGGGGGGCAGCGACAGCAUACAGCCAGAAGAUCAUGGCAGCGAAGGGAGCAACAACCUUGCUUCUGCUGACAACAACAGUGAGAGUAUGGGGGAGGAAAGCGAGGAGUCUGAGAUGUCGGAGGGCUCGUUCGGGCAGAGCAGUGGGUCCUCGGACUACAGGAGCGAGUGGUAUGUUCAGCCCAGUAUGAGCUGCAUUGAAGACUUCAUGCAAUCGACCUCUAGCAGCGGAAACACUUGCAACUCUCCUGAGUGA